UCAGGCGGCGGCAUGUCCGCAGCGUCUUCAAAUGGCGGUAGUGUCUCGCCCCGUCAGGCGCCCACCCCCAAGAACGUCGCAUUUGAACUGCUGUUCCUUGAAUCACCUCAAUACCGUGCGCGCUUGCCUAUGCGAGUGCAAAUCUAUCCUCAUGAUACCACGGACUCGAUUGUCACAACCGUCAAGAACUUCUACGGCUUGUACUCGGGUCCGACCGGGUCAAAAGGCGUCAGCUUUGAGGACGAACUCGGCAAUACCUUGAUUGCGCGAUAUGAGAAUUUCCGCAACAACAUGAUUGUUUAUGUUCGAGUGAUUGAGGAGGCGCCCAUGACUGCCCUGGAAUCACAUCACUACCGCGGCCUUCACAUGGGCGCCGAUUCCUACUAUGGGGGUGAAGGAUAUGCCCUCCCUCAGCGCUACGGCCCUGAGAUGGCCCAGUCACCGCAAAGACGGAGUCCCUCGCCUUAUGGGUCGCGAGGACGAAGAAGUGACUCUACCAGCACCAAGGGCCACUCCCGGUACACCAAGAGCCGGGCUCAUCAAAACCACGCCGAUGCCUACGCUGACAGCAUGAACGGCUACAGCAGCGGUGAUGGCGGCGCCCCAAGCACUACGUCCGCCAGGACCAAGGAGCAGCUUGGAACAACCGACAUUAGCGUUGAGAACAUUGUCGAGGGCGGUCGACGAAAGAGGGCCAAGUUUGAGAGCUCUGAACUGCCAUUAUUCGCACCGCCUCAGAUGCCUGCCGCUACUUCGAACCCAUCCGUGUCGCCCGCCCGUCGAACCGAUCAUCACAGACAUUCUAUUUCUUAUAUACAAACUGGCCACAACCCAUUUAUAAACCCACGCCCGCUUCAUUCUCCGCAAGGCUACGGCGGUGGGCAUGGGCAGAUGAGCAUGUACUCUACCCCUGUUGCCAGUGACCGCCGUGGUCGGGCUAGCAUCUCCUAUGGUAGCCACGGCAUGGCUCAUGGCAUGGGCAUCCUUCCAACUCCCGACCCCACUGUCGGAAGUUGCAUGUCAGAAGAAGACAAGGAUGUCGCCAUUCAGCUCAUGCGACUCGGCGAGAUGUCCAACAUUUCUCACGGUCGGACAUCCGCAUCAACUUUGGACGAUACAUUUAGCGGUCGAGCCGAUGCCACAUCCUCCACUGGCGCCACUAGUGAAGGCGAAAGCGACAGCGAUGUUGAGCUCCCGCUAUCUCGCCGUCAAAAGUUGAACUUGAAUGGCAUGUCCAAGCAGAUCUACCAGACCACCGAGUCGCACUUCAUGCCGCCCAUUGAUAGUGCCGAAGCCAGCGGUGAAGACGCCGAUUACGAAGAUGGCCUAGACGCCCGGGCCAAACCGGCUCAGAGCAAGUCGACAAAGAACAAGUCGACUCCGACUACCACACCCAAGGUGGCCUCUUCAAAGGCCAAGGUACCCCGCGCUGCCAAUGGCAACAAGACCAAGAAGCCGGUCGUUGUCCCUGUGCCCAAUGGGCCAAUCUCCCCGGCAGCUUCCAGCACUCAUUCCAGGAAGCAGUCAGUGGUGUCUAUUGGACAUGUGGCUCAGGCUGGCGAGGACGAUCAUCCCGACCUCUCCACUAAGCCGCGCUGCCAGCGCUGCAGGAAAAGCAAGAAGGGCUGUGACCGCCAACGACCUUGUGGUCGCUGCCGCGACGCUGGUCUCUCAGCAGACCAAUGCAUCAGCGAAGAUGAAGGCAACGGCCGAAAAGGCCGUUAUGGCCGCCACAUGGGAGUGCCACUAAAGAAGGACGAGAUUGCUCUUGCAUCCCAGCCCGCUCUUUUGCCCGCCGCCCCCAUUGCUGCCAACACAAUGACCACCGACAAGGCUAAGAAGCGCAAGCGGUAGAGAACAAUUUUCUUUGUUUUCCUGCGCGCCGGAUGCUGUAUGAUGUAUCAGUUUAGACGCAAAAAGAAGGGAGGCUCUCUUUUUUUCUUUUUUUCCGAUUCUGAUCUUCAACGUUUGUGUAUCAUUGUUGCUGGGGUUCUUACGGUCCCUACAGACUUUAUCUCGCAGUCACAUCUCCUUGUCUGUCAUCCACAUACCUGGAUAAGAGGCGGGUAUGCAGUCUUGUUUUGAUUUUUUUUCCAGAGCAAUCUUCAUUUUCUCUCUUGAUGCUAUUAUGAAGACGUAAUUACGACGGCCAAUGCAGGGCCAUUACACUCCUUCGAUGGCGUUUGGGAUGUGUAUCAGGUGUCACUCGAUUGUUUUUUUCUGUUUUCUUUAUUUUUCCUUUUAUCCUUUUUUUUUUUUCUUCGUUUACAUAUGCUUUUUUUUUUUUGUCUUGUUAUCUUGGUCAUCGUCAAGCUGCGCAAGGAGACAGCGACAACAACAACAGAAGGGCAACACACAUCCGCAGCCACACUCUGCAGUUUGCGUGUGUGUAAUACAUACCAUCACUGAUGGGGACAUGGGGUUGACAAUGGAUGAGAUGGGGUUAUAAAAAAAAUUGGCGACCGUGGCUGGCGAGCUUUGGAAAUUGUCUCGCUAGCAGAAAAAAGGGUUAGAACUGAGAGAGAGGCGAUAGGAAGAGCGCGCUCAACAUUUUUCUUUUUCUUGUUUCUCAUUUCCUUCAUUUUCUCAUACUGUGUCUAAAGUAAGAAGGCUUGGUCGGGUUUUAUGGUGGCACGAAAAAAUAUUUGCCGGUUGGAGCGCUCGUCUUUGGUGUUAUUACAAACUGUCUAGUUUCUUGACAAAAGGGACUGGUUUGUGAGGGAAGGGGGGUGGAUUCUUUUUUUUUUUUAACCUUGUUCUUCUCUUUUUCCUCUGCUCUUUUCUUUUUUGUUUUCAUGAUUUUUUUUUUCCUCGUUUGCAAAAUUUCCUAUUUUUGGUGCGCCGAAUUUUCAGCGAUUCGUGGUCGGUAGUUUGCGGGUUUUUUUCCUAUUUUUGGCUGUUUAUUCGUCGUCGUUGAGAUUCUGGCACAGCUCAAAAUAUUGCUGUUUCUGGAAGGAGGGGGAUGAUGGGCCUUUGGAAGGGACAUGAGUGUUCAUAGAGAGAGAAAGAAAAGAGGCACCAUUGCGCGUUAAAUAUACGUCAAACAUUGCUUUUUGUACGUUUGCGACUUAGAAUUGCAGAGUGAUGAAGUGAAAACCGCAUGCGAUGGCGUAUGCGCCUUGACAUUGAGGGAAAUAUACAAGAGCGCGACAGCUUACGACCAGCUUAUCUGUCCCUUUUCCCGCUCUAUAAGAGGCGAUCCCCGAGCCGCUAGGAGCGUUUCGCCCGAUGUUAGCUUCAUCGCAGCGUCGCAGAGAUGGAACGCUCCCGAGGGCGCGCUGUCCCGCCCUGCAGCCUCCAAAUGAGAAGCUACCCCGUUCCGCCCAGCCUCGGGUUUCCAGCGCUCGGAUAUUUGCCUCCCUCUCACCAUAAGCGCAUAUUAUAUCGCUUCUCAAACACAUACUUUGCCUUCUUUCUCACAGAAAGUCGGCAGAUGUAGUCAAACUUGACUCGGUACGCUAUUCCCCAUGUGACCUAGCGCCCUAGCGGGCCGGCACAAGCCGGGGCGCGCAAGGAUUUUUUUGGAGUCAGGGGUUCAACAGCCGAUUGGUCCCGAUGCCAUGAGGUCAUGUGAUUUUGCACGAGAAGGGGAAUACCUAAUAGGGGGCGUUUUUUGCAUACUUUGCGCUUUCUUUUUGGCGGUUUUUUCGUUGGGAGAUGGGUUUUCGGAGUUUGUUUACGUCAUUGGUUAUUUUUUUUUUUUGUGUUUUUACCCCGCGGAAUGGAGGGGUUGUAAGAAAAGACAAGGGAAUGGGAGAAAAGGGAGGAGAGGGUAAUUUCAAUUGAGACAACAACAGAACAGUAGGGUUAAGUCUAAAAAUAGCUGCAAGUUGUAAAGGAAAUCAUUUAUUGUAAAUGAG